AUGGAAGUCCUGUCGGUUAUAAAAGCUGGGCGACUGGCUUUCCAGCUGGUUCUGCCUACGGGAAUCAGGAUUGUACAGCGACAUACAACACAAUGUGGACGGAUGCCUGGUGCACAAACCCAACGUUCUCGAUGUGCAAAAUGCAAGGAUACACUUUCUGAGACUGUGCUGGUUGACUGUAGAUGCUCUGGUCAAACAUAUUGUCCACCUUCAUGGCUGGCAUUUAAAGACAACUGUUAUCUGUUGGUCAGAGUAGGAUAUAACUACCAUGCCGCUGAGCAACAUUGCCAGAGUCUCUCUGAGAAAGGCAGACCAGCUCAUCUUGUAUCCAUACUGGAUGAGGAAGAAAAUCAGUUUGUAGCUCAAUCUGGUAAUAAUCUAUGGAUUGGCUACAAUGAUUUGGAUGUAGAAGGAGUUUAUACUUGGAUAGAUGGAAGUCCUGUUGGUUAUGAAGGAUGGGCUCCUGGCUUCCCAGUUGGUGAUGCUCGUGGGAAUCAGGAUUGUAUAGUGACGUACAAGAGAACAAUGUGGAAGGAGUACAACUGUUAA